UAUUAAUUCACUUAAUCCUCAGAACAGUAGUAGCUGUUAUACCAGUUUUAUAGGUUUAAAAGAAACUAAGGCACAGAGAGGCUAAGUAACUAGCCUAAGGCCACACAGCUAGUAAAAAAUAGAGCUAGGAUUUGAACCCAGCCUGGCUCCAGAGCUCAUGCUCUUUAUCACUGUAUUAGACCACCUUUCUAAGUCCCCGUCCAUAGCUGUCCUCCUCCCUAUUCCCUGCAGUCCUCAUUACCUCACUUUCCCCUCUGCCUGGACCAUAGCCGGGACCCCAGGAAAAUUCCAUAAUAGUGUUAGGUCUCCAGACAGCAGUGACUGAGUGUCUCCUUUAGGUAGACUUGCCACCAGUGGAAGGUUGGACUCUGUUUGGAUUUUGCUGGAUUGGCACUGUCUUUGAACCGACAAAUCCCUUGUGAUUCUCCCAAAGUGAGAAUGAGCUAGACUCAAGUGGGUAGGUGGGGGGGGGGGGGCAGCAGGACUGGUCACCCUAUCAGACCUUCCCUUGUGCUAAAACCAUAUGGGUCAAAUUCUGGGUACCAGCCCACCACUGCCUUGCAGGUCUGAUACCAUUUUCAUCUUGGGUACCAAGACCAGAAGCAGUUUCAGAGUAACACGUUGCCCCCACCUGCACUGUGCCUAAGAACUCUGAUGAACCUAGCCCUACCAUACUCGCUCCUCCAAACCAGGCUUCCUGGUGGAAUACGGGGAACGCCUUGAGGCAGUUUUCAGUACUAUGUCAUGGCUUUGAAGGAGCCUCUGCUUCUGUGUUCACCUCUUCACAACUCAGCACAUUCCCAGAUUUGAAGGAGGGAGGCAUGCUAAGUUUUUAGAAUUAGGCUAUGUUUAUGUGCGUGGGGGUGAGUGCAUGGAGGAAAGGACAGAUGUCUCCUUGUGUCACAUUACUUGGUGAAGUGGAGUUUGUGUAGGGAGGAGGCAAGGACUUUAAAAAGCCUUAGGAUUCUAGUGGGACCUGGGUGGAAGGAAGCACCUUCAAGCAAAGAGCCUUCAGUGCAGCUGUCGCGGCGCCCCUCCUCGACAGCCCAUGGACUUCCAGGCCAGCCACUGGGUCCGCGGGCCGCAGAGUCGCACGUGUGGGCCGCGCCCGGGAUCCCCUGAGCCACCUCCCCGCCGUCCCUGGGCCUCCAGGGUGCUGCAGGAGGCGACUAACUGGCGGGCGGGGCCCCCAGCCGAGGCCCGAGCCCGGGAGCAAGAGAAAAGGAAAGCGGCAUCGCAGGAGCGGGAGGCCAAGGAGACCGAGAGAAAAAGGCGCAAGGCUGGUGGGGCCCGAAGGAGCCCCCCGGGUCGGCCCCGCCCGGAGCCCCGGAAUGCCCCCAGAGUGGCACAGCUUGCAGGGCUCGCAGCUCCGUCGAGGCCUGAGCACCUGGGGCCGUUGGGGCGACCGCCCCGUCUGUCCGCGCAGCCGCAGAGCGACCCCAGGGUGGCGUGGGCGGGGCCCUGGGGAGGUCGCAGGCCCGGGCCCCCCAGCUACGAGGCUCACCUGCUGCUGAGAGGCGCUGCCGGGGCCGCCCCUCGGCGCCGCUGGGACCGGCCGCCCCCCUAUGUGGCCCCGCCGUCUUAUGAAGGCCCCCACAGGACUUUAGGGACUAAGAGAGGCCCCGAGCCCUUGCAGGCGCCGGUCUCAUCAGUCCCUGCUCCGACGCCGGCCAGGACAGAGGGAGGGUGCGCAAAGAAGAGGCUGGAUCCUCGGAUCUACCGGGACGUCCUCGGGGCUUGGGGUCUCCGGCAGGGGCGGGGUCUCUUGGGGGGAUCCCCAGGCUGUGGAAUAGCCAGGUCAAGGCUGGAGCCCUGCAACGCCGCCGCGGCAAAGAGCCUGGGGUUGGCUGCUUCUGGCCCGAACAGUGGGAGCGACGGCCACCCCCAAGCCGGCGCUGCUGGGAGCCCAGGCAAGGCUCCCACGGCUCCCACGGGGUCUGCAAAUGCAACUCCGAGUCCCCCGCGUCCCGCUCCCAGGUCCAGGCCCCAUCUCAAGGGCUCCGGGCAAGGAAAAGAAGGUAGAGAGCAGAGCUGGCUCCCCAAAUGCUGGAUUCCCUCCCCUAAAAAGCAGCCGCUCCGACACAGCCAGACCCUCCCCAGACCCUGGGCUCCAGGAGGCACGGGAUGGAGAAAUUCCCUGGGUCUUCCAGAGGAGGCCGGACACGAAACCUCGGAGGGAUGGAAGGCGGCCCGCCGCGCCCACACCCUGCCCCGGAGUUCCCGCGGCCCGGCUGCUGGAGAAGGCGUCUUUGUCAUUGACGCCACGUGCGUGGUAAUACGGUCUCAGUACGUUCCGACCCCUCGAACCCAGCGUGUGCAGCUUCUGCCCGCCGGGGCGCCGCGCCUUGCGGGGCCCGCCUCCAGCCAGCCGAAGUCCAACAGGAAGGAGGGCGAGGGCGCCGCGGCCUCUCCUUCCCCUUGCCAAAAGCUGCUGUUGAGCAGUCGCCUUUCACACCAGCCAUACGGGGGGCUCGGGUUUGAAGCUGAGGGCGGGAAGCCUGUGGACUCCUCAUUGGAGGAGCGCGCCUCCCGCAUCUUGGGGCUCCCGGUGGGCGAAGUAAACCUUCAGGACGCCCCCACGCAGCCAGGCAGCCCACAGCACGCAGCCUCAGGCCCAGCGACUUCGGGAGGCGCCACCAGUGCCGAGGGCUCGGGGGAAGUGGCGGCGGUCCUGCGGCAUGCGGGCCGGGGCUGGGCGCGGACCCCGGGGCCCUACGCCGGGGCCCUGCGGGAGGCCGUGUCCCGCAUCCGCCGCCACACCGCCCCAGACUCGGACUCAGACGAAGCUGCGGAGCUCAGCGUUCACAGCAGCUCUUCUGAUGGAAGCGACACAGAAGCCUCCGGCGCCUCCUGGCGGAAUGAGCGAGCGGGGCCCCGGGAAGGCAGGAAGACAGCACAGCUGAGCGACGGUAUCCGAGAGAUUCUAGGUGUCAUCAACCGGACCGAGCAGGUCCUCUUUGGGGAGAGGGACACUAAGAGGACCCCACAGGGAAAUAGGGAGCGGCAGUGAGAGGCCCUCUGCUGUAUUUGUGUUCCCCAACCCGUACAUCCCCGGGCCCAAUGGUCCCCUUUCUUCCUCACAGACAUCCUUGUACUCCUUUCCUAUUCAGGUUCCCAACCCCAAAUAGAAACCUCUCAAAUGAAAGGGAAGGGGCCAUAUGCUGAUUCGUGAUUUUCUUUUUUUUUAAUUAGGAAAGGUGAGGGUGCACAGCAGACUUUAAUGCCUGCUCCGUUCAGGUCACUCCAGUAAGGGCUUCAGCCGGCGUGGCUGCACGGAGCGUAGAGUUAGGAAGAGACGCCUGGCCAAGAGCAGGCAGGAGGGCAGGGAGGGUACAGCCACGGGAGGGCAACUUCAGGUAGGGCCUCUGGGAAGGAGGGAGAAAGCGUCAGAGAGGCUUUGGGCUGAGGUGAACAGGUGACAGAGAAGCCCUUGGCAGAAGAGGAAGGGGCCCAGAAGCAGCCAGCAAAGCAGAGAGAGGGCUCACUUUGAUGUCACGAGUCUUGGGGUCCAAUCCCAACUCUGCCAUGCUCACUGGGGCACCUUAGGCAAGUCACUUCCCCUCUGCAAUCCUCCUAAUAUGUAAAAGGAGGGAAUUCUAAGGUCCAUCCCUGACGUUUUGAAACCUUUGCAGAAGCUUUUUUCUCAUCCUCCCCUUCACAAGCCAAGAAAGAGUCAGGGGCAGGUGAACAGAGUCGGAGGGCCCCUGGGCGGCUUUGUUGUCACCUACACUCAUUCUCAAUUCAGGAGACUAGAGACUGUCCAGGGUUCACAGAAGAGCUGAGUAAACGGACAAGGGCUCCUAUCUCAGUCUCUCAGGUUUAGGUGAAGGCUCCCCAAGGCAGGGCAGGAUGGCGGCCUGGUCACUGUCCCUGGUCCUUGGUGGUCCAAGCAGGAGAGGGAAGGCUGACAGUCAGCUUGAGGCCUCUUCAGACCUUCCCCUUUGCUCCUCCCCAAUGUUUCUUAGCGAUGAUUUGAAUCAUUGCCAUGAGGUGCCACUCAGGUGGUAUCAUCCAUCUGAAAGAAUUCGGAGAAUUUCUUUCAUCUCUGCCUCUUCCAGGAACCGGCCAGGGAAGAAAGAGGGAGGCUGGUCCCAAAAAGCCUGUAGGUAUGGGGUGUGAUACUCGCUGUAGCCACUACGGGGCGCGCGCAGGUCGCGGAUUUCCCCAGUAGCUAGUCCGCGAGUCGCUCCUACCCGGGUACUGCCAGUUAAUCGAUUGAGCUCUAGUUACCGCGCGGGAGGCCCCCGCCUUGCCACCUCCAGGCGUGCGAGGUCAGGAGCAGGCCUCUGGCCAUCUAGACCUGGAGCGCGCCGAGCCCCUCUUCGUACUUAUCCACGCCAAACAGCGUGGGACGCGGACACUGACGUCCUUUUUUUCUCUCUGAUCUCGGACACCUCCUCUCUAUUUACUAGCCAUGUGAACUUGGCCAAAUCACUUCACUUCCCUGAGCCUCAGUUUCCUCAUCUGUCAAAUGGGGGUAUAUAAACACCUACCUCGCAGGGUUGUUGUGAGGAUUUAAUGUGAUAAUGUAUGUAAACCGCCUUGCACAGUGCCUGGCACACAGUAGGCUCUCAAUAAAUCUAAGCUUCCCUUUGUCCAA